AUGAGUAGCCUUCAUGCCCCAUCCGCUUUUCAGUCUCAUCGCUCGGGUCUGUGUUCGAGUUUCAAUCGCAUUUGUCUUGAGGAUCAUAUCCAGUCUCUUCCACCUCACCCUCCGGAUGUAUUUUCGAGCUUUGACCAACUUCGACUCGAGGUCCAUAACCUUUCGACGCAAACGCAGCCAGAUGUCAACCCGACUACCUACCAGUACAUGUAUCCUGGAGACAACGGCCCUUCCAAGUGGACAGUUCUCGAGGUCGUUGCGUUCCUUUGUCGAAAUGAACCGGUUCCAUGGGCCUAUGGCCUCGUCCCUCCCGAUUUUGUGGCGCUAGAGGCAAGCAUUCGCAACAACCUCAUCGAUGACAAUUAUUUGUUCUAUCGCAUCUGCGAGCGUAACAUUCAAAGCCCCCCCGGGCUACGUAUUAUUCCUCAUCGCCUAUACGUGCUGUGUGGCAUCGCGUGGCUGCAGCUACGAUCCCCACGAUUCACUCUGAGCCCGGCUGGUGCCUACCAAAUCGAACAGAGGAGGCCGGUAUUUGUAUACCGGAUGAUUGCGGGGAGCACCUUUGAGGAGAAGCUUUAA